UGUGAUGUCGGAAGCAAAGUCAAUGCAGAAAAAUCACAGAAGCUGUUAAAAAACUAUUGUUAUUACGUCCAACAAACAUUUAUAUUACAAAAUAAGCCCCUGUACAACUUAUAACUACAUAGGCUACUCUUUGCAAAGAGAUCAAGCAUUUUCUUUUGUAAAUGGAGUGCCCACAUUUGGAAGAAAGUGCAAGGAUCACGGCGCCCUCUGUAAACUGUGAAACCAGUCAUCCAGUGUUUUGUUGUUCUGUUUGCAAGGUUGAAAGUAGUCCCUGGAUUUGCUUGGCUUGUGGAGUGGUUAAUUGUGGAAGGUUUGUGAACGCACACGCGAAGCAGCACCAUGAAGAAAUGUGCAAAGAUGUACAGUCUGUAUCAGAGGCAGGCCCUCUUCCAGGAUCAAACAAGCAUGCUGUUUGUAUGGACUGCCAUAGUUUUAUGGCGUACUGCUAUAUCUGUGAUGAUUUUGUGAUCAACGAUACUGAAUCAGGAUACUUAAAAAAUCUCAGGAAACAAUUAGAAUCCAUAUCUCCGCUGGGCUGUCACCCACAAAGUGCUCAAAAUCACAGGAAAGAAAGAAGUAGGAGAAGAGAUUCAACCGAGUCUAUAGAAAAUGUGAAGAAAAAACUUAAAAAGGAUGAAAAAUCUCAGCGACCUCACCGAUCAUCAGGCUUAAGGAAUUUGGGAAAUACUUGCUUUAUGAAUGCAGUUGUGCAGUCACUGAGUAAUAUACAAGAGUUCUGUGGCUACAUCAAACAGCUGCCCUCGCUAGAAGACAAGGUGAUGAAGAGAAAAACUCACCACACAAAUAAGAAACGUGAUAUGGUCAGUGGGGAGACAGUAUUGCUCAUUGAGGAGCUCAGAAAGACCCUGGUGUCUUUAUGGCAAGGACAGAAAGCUGCCAUCUCGCCAGAGUCUCUCUUUAAUGUGAUAUGGAAAGUUGUGCCAAGAUUUCGGGGCUACCAACAACAGGAUGCUCACGAGUUCAUGCGCUACCUGCUGGACCGCCUACACACAGAGCUGCUGCAGCUGCUGCCGUACCCCAACAACAACAGCCCCUUCAUCGGACCAAAGGGCAAGUCGACCAUCGUCACGGCAAUAUUUGGCGGUUUGCUGCAGAACGAGGUCAACUGUCUUAUAUGUGGCAUGGAGUCAAAAAAACAUGACCCUUUUCUAGAUCUUUCGCUUGAUAUCCCGACUCACUUUUCUAUGAAAUCAACAAAACCCAAAGAAGGAGAGCCAGUGUGCACAUUAGUAGACUGUCUGUCCAGCUUCACUGAUGUGGAAGAGUUGGAGGAUUCAGAACUCUACAUGUGUAGCAACUGUAAACAGAAACAAAAAUCUACUAAGAAGUUCUGGAUACGCAGGCUGCCAAAUGUUCUCUGUCUUCAUCUAAAGCGUUUCCGCUGGGGCACCUACCAUCGGCUGAAGGUGGAGACCUAUGUGGACUUUCCACUACUGGGACUCGACAUGAGCAGAUACGUAUUAAAUAAUCUGCAUGAAACUAGAGGAAGUUCUGCAGGAAGUAACUUGUAUGAUUUAGCUGCUGUUGUUGUCCACCAUGGAUCCGGGGCUGGUUCCGGCCACUACACUUCAUACGCAUCACAUGAUGGUCAGUGGUACCACUUCAAUGACAGUACGGUGACUCAGUGUGAGAAGGAGACUGUGGCCAAGUGUAAAGGAUACAUCCUCUUCUACGUGCGCAGGGAAAUCAAGCUUCCAGAGUACCUCAGUAUAAACGGGAACAAGAACUGACUUUCUCCUCAAGGGGAGACAACUUCGAUGCUGUGCUGAUCCAGCAAGCUGGCUUGUUGGAAAUGUUGUCCGUUAAAGCAUUUUCUGUUUGUGUGUAAAUUAGUACUUAAGUAUUUGGGGUUCAUGGUUGAAAUAUUCUGUAAUAACUGCCUGUUCUAUUUUUUGAAGUAUCUCAUCUGGUAACCGGUGUGAAUAGAUUUUUUUUUAUAUAGUUUUUACUAUUUCAGUUUUAAAAUGUGAAUACAAAAAGGAUUUGUCGAUACGCACAGUGUUCUCAAAAUGUGUUGAAAUUACAAAUGAAAGACGAAUUUACAUUACAUUGCACUUUCAUAAGACAGACCGUUUGUGGGUUGGAGGAAACAUUUUUCUAUGACGAAAUUUAAUAUUGUUCACAGUAGUCGAGACAGUCCAAUUUUCUCCAUUCUUAGUUUAAUUUCUAAACUUUUAUCUUAUAUAAAUAGCCACGUCUUUUCAUACUAAUUUCUAUAAGUGUAUGGGACAAGUAAUGUAUAUAAACAGGAAUACAGGGUUACUAUUUGUUUCAGUUUUUUUAAUGUCGCCUAAUCAUAACAAAAAUUAUCGUGUUCCUUUAGAUUGCAGAAUAAAAAUUAACAUUCAAAUACAAGUGAUACCUUCAUUAGCUUGGUGACCAUUGUUUGUGCAUUCACGAUGCUGUUCAUGUAAAUAGUAUUAAAACAGUGAUGUAAAUACUAGCUAGAAGCUGGCAGUAGCCUUACUAUUGAUACAUGCAGAACAUUUGUCCAACCAGAUUCAAAUGUAGAUUGUGUUGGUGUUGUUAUUGUCACCAGAUACGCUUAUUUUUGUCCCCUACAUAUAUAAUGUUAAAAAACUCCUGUUUAAUUAAGUUAUUGUGAAGUAAAUCGGAUACUUGAGCGACAGGUGAUUUUGUAUUUCAAACUGGCUAAUUAUUAUUAAACACUCUGAAAGAGGGAGUCAAAAUUUAGAUUUUAGCAAGGCAAAAUAAUAAGAAUGGUUGCUGGGAGUGUGUAAAGGUAAUCUCAGUUCACAAAAGAGUUGGUGGUUUUAUUGGUUACUGCAGGCAUCAAAAUAAUGUGUCUGGUAACAUAGGUUACCACACAUCGGUAUUUUCAUUAUUGUCAUUCUUCUUCUUAUUAUAAAAUCCCUUCAGAGACUCAUACUUUGUUACUCAUUCCUAUCACUGUUCUCACUGUCAGUUCAGUGUUUCUACCAGAAAGAAAUUUUUGGGUAUGGCGCUAUGGAAUUGAAUACAACCACAGUCAACAAGGGGUAUGGGGGACCUCCCCCAGAAAGAAACUGGGUUACGUUUAGGGUUUGGGUUAAGAAAAUCAUACAGUAAUUAUCAGAGUAAUUAAUUUGUCAAAAGGUUAACUUAAAAAAAAAAAUCUAUAACUUUUUUUGGGGUAUGUGCCAUACCCAUUUUUACCCUCUGGCAGAAACCCUGACUGAUACUGUAUCGGAGCAACGUUUUGUUCAGUAUCGCAUUGCGAUUCGCUACACAAGUUUCGGAGAUCGCUACACAAUUUAAAAUAUUAAACAGUAGUUUAGCUAAUCAGUUUUUCAGUUGACUACAAAUACUGCUAUACAAGAUUUUAAAAACAAAGUGUUCCUUGUGUAUGUGUAUGUAAAUAACAUUCAGGUUAUCAGAAUUUAUGUGGUAUAGUUCAGUAAUAUGUCGAGAAAGAUGUACCGUUCUGGACUUUCUUGACAGGUAGUAACCUGUUGGCAACCUGAAGGACUUUAAUCAACUUAUUUUGAUGACCGUUACCCUGACAGUGGAUGUGGGCAUAUGUUAAAGUAAAAUUUAUAUGCCGUAUAUGUGCAGAAUUGAGGGCAAAUUUCUUACAUAUUUUUCAAAAAAUACCAACACACUUUUGUGUUUGCAUUUUACUGAAACGGGUGGACAAUCUUGUUUAUUGAGUAAAUUUUACACAGAUUCCACCUGCAUGGUUGUGAUUUUAACAACAAGCAUACAUGUAGCUAUGUUGUCUUCUUCAGGUUUAUUUGGUGUUUGUUUUAUAGGGCGUCAUACAUUGCCGUUUUGGAAUGCUUGCCUGACAUGGGGCAGACCUUAAGUAUCUCUAUUUUGGAACGGUGCAAAAAAUGUUCUCGUAUUUAAAAUUAACUGAUAACCUGUUUCAUUUUUGUUUUUUUCUUAAGCUAAAGAUUUUUUUAUAACAUUUUGAAUGCAGGUAAGUCCUGGUAAUAUAAUAAUGUUUGUAUGUUAUUUUAACACUUGUUUUGUAUUUUGAUCUGUUCACAUGUUCUUUGUUCAGUGAGUUUCUGUAGUUAUCUUCAUAUAUAGCCAUUAGCAGAGGUGUGCAGUGCAACAGAUAGCUUGCAGUUUCGAACAUUUUUUGCAAGUAUGGGGCUCAUUUUGAAGUUAGUGUGAAC